CUAAUAUCCAGUAGUGGCUCUCGCCGGAGAACAUCCGCGGUUGGUCUGGACUGGUCCGGCUGGUGUCUCGGAUGUCGUCGCGUCGCUCUAGAGAGCACCAGGAUCAACUAUCAUAGUACUAACAACGCAUUUCGAAAGAGGCGAUCACAUAGAUAGUGUCUUCCUGGCUAGACUAGGAAACCAAAGAGGCCUCUUUGAUACAGCCAAUGAGAAUCGCAUUCCGGUCCUAGACAGACCAAGAUCACGCCGUUUGAAGGAUCAUCGGGCUGCAGCUGUCAUUAUCCAGGAAAGGAUAACUCCAGUGAGACGUAACCCCGUAGUUUCCCGUCUAUUAACCUGAAGCAGCGAUGGAUGGUGAUAAUGUGAUAGAUCCAGGGAUCACCGCAGCUUGUGGGGUUGGGGGAAUCUCAUUAAUACUUUCUUUGCCUCUCCCGUCUCUGUACAAUCGUGUUGGAUCAGCCAGCCGGGAGUCUAAUCCGAACUCUGGACGGCAAGUAAAAGUAAUGAAAGUCUCGUUACUUUUCGAACACGGGACAGAGAGGAGGGGGUUAAAGAGCUGAGAAAGGAGGG